CAAAGUAUCACUUUUCGCUCUUAAUACACAAAUAGCUAUUGCCGUUCGUGAGAUAAUCAGUAUAAUACUACUUCGUUAUUCAACUUUAAAACCACUGUGUUCAAGAAUUUUCUAUUUUGUUCCUAGCCUGCUACCGACGCUCUUAAUAUAAAAUGUGUCCACUCCGAUUUUUAAUACGGAUCACUGUGCACCAGACAGCUUUUGCUAAGUACGCGCUUUUGCGAGUACGUAAUAAAGGUGGGGAAAUGCACGCAGGUAUCUAAGUGUGCUAGGUGUUACUUUUUUAAGUAGACAUUUUCUCUGUACAUGCUCACUGGUGCUUUGUACUUUCGAGUCACAGAUUCAAAAACCUCGACGCAACCCGCAACGGUGAAUGUGAUAGCCGGAAAAUCGCGACUUUAGUUUAAAACUGUGAGAAUUGUUUAUUGUGUCGUUAAAAGAGGCUCUAGCUUAAGAAUUUAUCAAGAAAAACAAAAUGGAAGGAGUUGAGCUGGAACAUGAACACGUCGAAAGAGAAGGAGCAGAUAUUACUGCUUCCGAUAUGUUGGUUCCAGAGGACGACAGUGAUAUCAAGAACUUUUAUCAUGGAUCCACGGUAUUCAUUACAGGAGCUACAGGAUUUUUAGGAAAAUUAGCUAUGGAAAAAUUAUUAAGAACAUGUGACGUUAGUAAAAUUUAUAUCUUGGUCCGAUCCAAAAAGGGGAAAUCUCCACAAAAACGAUUCGAAGAACUUUUUGAUGAACCGAGCUUCGAACCUUUGAUGAGGAAAUAUCCCAGCGUUCUGGAACGAGUCCAUACCAUCAACGGUGAUACCGGCCUACCAAAUCUAGGACUUAGCGACGAAGAUCUAGAAAUUAUUAAAUCCGAGGUAGAUGUGGUACUUCACUUUGCUGCCACAGUGAGGUUUGACGAAAAACUUCGAAUAGCCACUAACAUAAAUGUCAGAGCUGUCAGAGACCUUGUAAGGAUUGGAAAACAAAUGAAACAUUUACGAGCAUUAAUACACGUUUCGACAGCAUUUUCUAAUUGUGUCCGCACGACAAUAGAAGAAAAAUUUUACGAUCCUCCUAUCACUGCCGAUAAACUUAUCGCAUUAGUUGAUUGCUUAGAUGACAACAAAUUAGACGACAUUACAACAACUAUAUUAGGAGAAUAUCCCAAUACCUACGCAUUUACAAAAUGUGUUGCGGAAGACGCCUUGAAAAAGGAAGGAAAAAAUUUGCCCGUUGGAUUAUAUAGGCCAUCAAUAGUAAUUGCCACUCUAAAAGAACCUGUAGCUGGUUGGAUAGACAAUAUUUAUGGGGCAACUGGUGUACUUCUCGGUGUCGCCGUUGGUCUACUAAGAGUGCUUCAGGGUAGAUCAAGCAAUCACGCCGAUAUGGUUCCUGCGGAUUAUGUUAUAAACAGUGUACUUGCUGCCGCAUGGGAUGUCGCUACUAUUAAAUCUAUAAAUGACAAUAAAGAAGUGCAGGACAAAGACAGCAGGGAAGAAAAAUUUGAGAGCGAAAUUCCAGUUUAUAAUUUUGUUAGCACCCCAGAAAAGCCAUUGACUUGGGAACUAUUUCAGGACCUUAGCACCAAACACUGCUUGCAGAUUCCAUCUGAGAAAUGCAUUUGGCACAGUACUUUUACAAUGACGGAAAACGUAUAUAUCCAUGCCAUAUUAGUAUUUUUAUUACACACUCUUCCAGCCUACAUCGUUGAUUUCUUAGCUAUAUGUAUUGGAAGGAAACCAAUGUUGGUCAAGGGAUAUCAAAAAAUCAAUAAAUUUGCUAAUGUUCUCUCUUACUUCUGUCAAAGGCAAUGGAAAUUUAGUAAUGAUAACGUUCAGUCACUCUGGAGAAGAUUGAAGAAACAAGAUCAGGAACUAUUUGAGUUUAGUAUGAAAAAGUUGGACUGGGAUCUUUACUUCUACACUUAUACAAGAGGCGGUCGGGUAUAUAUUAUGAAAGAUCCUCUUGAUACUGUUCCGAAAGGAAAACUGAAAUACUGGAAGCUACUUUUCGCACAUUAUUUGCUUAUAGCUGUUUUGGCUGCUGCAUUUUUUAAGAUAAUUAUGGUAUUAUAUGGAUUUAUUUUUUAAAAUUAAAAUAUAUUUUCUACGUUUA